CGAGAUCCAGCGCAAGCAAAACACCAUAAAAUUCGACUGUUUGUGACGUUGCUUCAGCGUGAUAAUUGAUGGAGAGAUGCAUAUGCUUCUAUCCUCGCUGUAAGGGCACCAGUUGUCGAGCCGCCUCCGCACCGCAUCCGACUUCCCGUCUCCAUGUUCUCCGAUCUCAUUAGUUAACUGCGAACCCUUAAGGUUAACCACCCCGAUUCCUAUAUAAGGGAAUCUACGAUACACGACAUUUUACCCACAGUAUAACCUCAUGACGUCUCCAUAUCAAUCGCCCAUGUCGUUUUCGCCGCCCGUAGCCGGCUCCGAUGGGACGGCGGCAUCCAGGUCCAUCUCCGAACUCCCGCAAUCCCAAGUCGACGCGAUCAUCCGCACCAAACGAAAAGCGCGGGAACCCAAGGCCUGCUAUCCGUGCCAUGCGCGAAAGGUCAAAUGCGAUCGGAACCUUCCAUGCGACGGGUGUGUGAAGCGCGACCAUGCCAACCUUUGUUCCUACGAGCGUCCCGCGAAAAAGCGCACCAUGGCUGCUGCUUCGACUUCGCAGUCGUUUCGCGAAAGCCCCGUUGACGGGGUUGCUGCCUCUGGCGGAGCGGAGAAUCUGGCAGCGACGGCACCUAAUGGUGAACAGCCGAUACGGAUGAAGCAGGAGCCGGGCAUGAGUCGAAAUAAUGGGCUUGGCCUUGGGUCUGGGCCUGGGCCUGGUGCUCGCGUGUCGAUUGCUCGAGAUGAAUGGGAUAAUGUCCGAAACAGACUGAAGGAAAUGGAGAAGACUAUUUCCACCUUGCGUGUUGGGUUGGAUAAAGCUGAAGAGGGAACUGGCUCUGCAGUGGAAACAGGCAGCGUGCAGAGCGGUGAUGCAAGUAGCCGGUCCAAGGGCGCAUCCCCUGAGCGCGAAGGUAUCCAUGCUGCCAAUACUCUGGGAGAAGGAACUGUUCAUCUGGGGUCACGAUCUGUGCUCGCAUAUAUAUUGAACAAUAAGUCUGGGUCCGACCAGCUACAGGCCUUGUUGGAGGGCGGCAUACUGCCAAAGUUGGGUCUUGAUAAUGAGUCUGCGACGUACCCAUUUGUCGAUUUGUGGUCGUCGGACAUGUCGACUUUUGACGUCAGUGCAGUCUGCAGCGCUCUUCCAAUAGACCAGCAGUGCAAGGAGUUCUUCGUUUACUACCGAGAUAUCGCAGGAGCGAUUUAUCCGGUUCUCGAGGACGUCAACCAAUUUGAAAUGAAUCUUGAUCUUUUGUUGCAGAGUCGAGCAUCUAUGGGAGGAAUGUACCGAGCAGACGCCGACUCAGCACAAAGACCAUUCGGCGUGACAAUAGCCUAUUUGGGCUUACUGUUUGCCGUGCUGGCUUCUGGUUGUCAAUCGUCUGAUUUGCCCAGCAAGGAAAGAGAAUUGACUUCUCAAGUCUAUGUGUGCUGCUCGUAUCAAUGCUUGCGGAUGACGAACUUCUUAUCUCAACCUACCAUCGAAGCCAUCCAGACACUCCUAGUUAUUGGAAACGUAUUGUCAUACAACAUGAAUCCAGGCAUAUCUUACGUUUUGCUUGGUAUGACGCUUCGAAUGGGUUUGGCACUUGGUUUGCAUGUCGAAUCAAGUCGAUUUUCGGCUACGGAACGAUACCGUAGACGCCAUGUCUGGUGGUCCAUGGCGUGGCAAGAUAGCCAUUUCUCUCUGUCUUAUGAUAGACCGUCGACAACGGCAGUCAGCCAACCCGAAAUUGCCUAUCUGGAAGGGUCGAAACCCGGCGAACUCACUUAUUUCGAGACCCUCUGCCGGGUCAUUGCCUUGGCUCUGGACGUUGUCCGUGGCCGGAUGCUCAGUCCCCACUCGCAAAUGAGCUCCAAGACCAUCCAAACAUACAAGGAUAGAAUCCAGCAGAUCAUGAUCGAAGCAAAGCCUUACUUGCGUGAUCGCAAAUACUGUGUCACAUCGACGGAGUACCUCGAGCUGGUCGUCUUGAAACUACACUCAUCCUACUUUUCGUCCGAGCUCUGCCGGCCAGCGCUCAAGUCUUCAGCCGAUCUCAACGAUCCCACGAUUGUCAGUAUGCGUGCUGACUGCGUUAGCAACCUGAUGACGACAGUAGAGGCAUACGUCGAAAUGCACAGCGUCAGCUCGCACGCAGCGCGUUCCUGGAUCGCUUUACAACGAGCAAUCAGCUCGAUAUUCCUCCUGGCCGUAGUUGAAGAAUCCAAAUCAGAGCCACGUUUCUGGACCCUACUCCAACAACUAAAAAUGAUCAUCGCCGAGCGUGCCAACAUAGAGUGCGCCUUUGAAAGCAGCGACACAUCCGCAGCCGCCAUGACAACCCCGGCCCCAGGCAUGUCCACCAUGCCAUCAGACCAAGCCGCCGCCUUCAACAUGAUCCCUUCCACGGGUACCAGCCCGGCCGCGAUGAACGCCACAUCCCCGGCAGUGGUAGCCGACACACAAACCCAAUGGGCCAAGCCCCUGACAAAGACCCUCCGUGCGCUAGAGAAACUCGAAUUUGCAUUCAGCAACCAGGGCGCCCGAUUCCCCAGCAGCACCGCGGCGUCACCAUACAUGAACACAGCCGUCAGCUCGACAACAAUGAACAACCUAGCCCCCCCAGUGAGCUCCUCCAUGACUCCCAGUAUCAGUUCCUUGCCCCCUCCAACACCAGAAAGCUCGACAAGCGGUGAAUGGACUAUCCCGAAUAUUCUCGACCGGGCGGCAGAGUACAUUCACCCGCCUUUAUGGGGUUGA